AUGGCAAAACGACUUCGGAGCUUGGGUUCGUGUCUCUGGGAGACAGACGAAGAGGUCACGUUCGAGGAUUGGCUGGCCUCGCAACCGGCUGCUUGUUGCUGUGGCAAGGAUGCGCAGAUAAGGAGUCUUCAGCAGGAGAUUGAAAAUCUACGUGCCCUUGCCCAAGACCUGCAUAUCCGAUUGAAAGUGGCAUCCCUUCCUGCAGUGCCUUCCAAUGAGCUCACAGUGAAGAAGCCCGGUAUGUCCCGAAAACAAAACCGCGACCCUUGGCACUGGCUUACUCUGCUGCCUGAGACGGUUACAGGUUUGCCUAGAAUGCUGGAUGACAUCAUACCAUCUCUUCGAAGCACGUCCUUCGCCAACAGCCGUGUGGUCUUCGACCUAUGUGGGGCUACUGUACCCUCUGCUAUCCUGGACCACUGCGAGAUCUCCAUAAACUCCGUAUUUGGCAAAUACCCUGCCAUAUACAAGAUAGGCAUAACUCGCAACCCAGUCGAACGUUGGCAGAUCGGAUAUGUCAAAGACACCACCCAAGCCUGGUCAGAAAUGAAGGUCCUGGUAGCUCUGAGGGAUCCAGUCGCUGUGGGAUUCGUAGAAGCCGCCCUUAUCCGCCGUUACCAGGGCAGUCCGGGUAAUAUGAACAUCAGAAGGGGAGGGGAAGGGGUUGACCUUUCAGGUGCUGGGCCCUUUUUUGCAUAUGUGGUUUAUCGUUGCCUUGAAGCGCUUUCCUUGGUGGACCAGCAGCAGGUCAAGGACGAGCAGAUUGAUGCUGAUAUCAAGGCCCUCGAGGCUGAAAUCGAGCGCGAGGAGCUCAAUGCGAAGCGUGGCACGAGGUGCACGCCGGUGGCUGGGGCCACUCCUUCACCUCAGCCCACACUUAAGAAGCACAGGGCACAGAUGGACUCCGGGGACCUGGAUUGUGUGCUGUUGGAGAAUGAUGAUGUGCUGCUCACAGCACUAAAGGAUCAGCUCGGCAGCCCCUCCCCAGGCCCAGAAACCAAGCAGAUGAUGGACCCUAUCCUAGAGGAUGGAUAUGACAUGGAUGUCUCGCCUGCACAGCUCUUCCUGAGUCCUUACAAGCCCGAGACUCCGACUCCGUCGAAGACAACCUCGAAGACUCCAUCGAAGACUCCUGGUCCCUCGAAGACUCCCUCGAAGACUCCUGGUCCCUCGAAGACUCCCUAUGAUCCCGUGGCAGAUGCCGAAACCCAGCCUGGAAUCACCCCAAAGCGGCACAUCCACUUCAUGGACACCAUGGUGACGUCUCCUUGCCCACCGACCGAGAUGGUUGCAUCGCCGCCGGUUGCAGUGGAUCCUGGGAUGGCUUCAAGUGCUACAGGCCUUCCGAAGCCUUCGGGAACUUCCAUGGUUCACUCACAAGAGACCCCGGGGAUCCUUUCCCUCCAGCAGAAGUUCGAGGCCUUAGGGUUACAGCUCGAUUCGGAGGAGGGUGCAGUGGUGAAAGCUGCAGGGCAGAUGGCAGAGGGCAAUGGCAGCACCGGUGGUUCAAGUGAGACUUCCAAAGAUGCUGAGAUUGCCCAGCUGAAGCAAAUGCUGUUCAUGAUGAAUGCCAAGCUUCAUGCUGAUCAUGGCCCCAAGGCUCAGAUUCAGCGUGAAGCUGAGAAGGAAGCGGCACGUGAAGCUGCACGUGAAGCUGCUCGUGAAGCUGCACGUGAAGCUAUGCAGUCUGCCGCUGAGGGGCAGAUGGCUGCCAACGGAGCAGCCAAGGCCGAGCAGGAGGACCAGGUCGCCCUGCCAGCAGCGAGGCAACGAUUGAGGAGGCUUUGUGCCCCUCGUGCUAACGGCACGUAUGCUGUUCCGAAAGAGGUGGUUGACAAAUACGUGGCUGGUGGCAACGAGCGCGAGGGCCUUCUCAAGUUGCUGGUCAAACACAACUUCCAAAAGGAUUCUCACGGUGCAUGCUAUAGCUGUUGA